ACAAAUACAACAAUUAAAUAUCUAGAUUAGAUCUCAUACUAAUAUAAAAAAGAAAGAAAAUUGUAUGGUUUGGUUACUUAACCUUUUGAAGAAAAACAAUAAUAUGGGGACCACGUUUUUUGUUGUACAAUAAUUUCAUUUGCUUUCACUAAUAGGUUGAUAUGCAUCUGAUAAUGAAUCCAUCAUUAUUGACUUAAUGGGGAUACUUUGGGAAUUACAUGAAUAUUGUUUGAUUUUUUAAUAUGGGAUGCACAUUUUUUUUAUAUUGUUUUUUUUAAUAUGGGGUUCACUUUUUUUUUAAUAUUACUUGAUUUUUUUUAAUAUGGGAUCCACUUUUUUUUUUAACAUGAGUUUGGAGACGGUGGGAUUUACUUUUUUUUUUUUUUAAUAUUACUUGAUAUUUUUAGUAUGGGGCCCAUCUAAUUUUUUCUUUUUUAAUAAUGAUGACUGACGACGAACCAUGGGUUUAACUCAUGCUUCUAUAUAGUAGUAAAAGUAAGUAAUUUUUUUUUCCAGUGACUAAUGAUUGAGGCAUACUUGGAUAUCCUUGUGUUUCUAUAUAGUAGUAAUUUAAAUUAGGGAAAAUUUCAGAAAUGACUAACAUUUGGGGUUUAAAGAUUCACUGUAGCAACACUUUCAUUAUUUACGUAUCGUAGCAAAUCCAACCCAUUUAUCUGCGUGUAUCCAACAUUGGUUUCACGCUGUAUUCCGGAUACAGUAAGUUAAAAGUUGCUGAAAUCUUGGAACCAAAUCUUUUUAAACAUGGCAAACAAAAAUAAAAUCUUCCUAAAAUCAUGCUUAACAGAUAGCUUCCAAAAAUUAACACGGCUCUUUAUUCCUUCAUACAUUCGAAUUUGAAUUCAAAUUUGCAUCAUCAAUAGCUGAAAACAGAGCAAUUUCAGUCAAAAUUUAGAAUUCAAUUAUACUAAUUCCAUGCAUAAAACUAUCUCAGAAUUUAAUUGUGAAUCUCUUGCGUCUGUGUAUGUCAAAUUCGGUGUUGUAUGUAUCAGUUUCUACAUAAAUCCUUUUUGUUGACGUAUACAGACAUUGUUGGAUUCAUCUCGUCGCCAUUAUAUACAGCAAAAGGUAAUUAAUAGUUCAAUUUAUGUUUAUGACCAAUUUAUACAGAUACAGAUGAUACAACAGUCUUACGGAUGAUUUUGUUGCUAAUUUUUUGCAGUCUUGAAUUUUCCCUUCUAAAUUCAAGUAAUGUCUAAUAUAACAGCUGUAAUUCGACAUUCUGGUUUUUGGAACGAUGACAAUUGUUUCGUUAAUUACUCUAUAGAUGCAGUAGUUUUCAAAGAGUAUGCCUCAUAUGAUGAGUUAGUUGAUGCAAUAGCGAAGCAGGUGCGAAAAGAUACAAUUAUCAAAAAAAUCACUAUCAAAUAUAUGAUCGACGGUAAUUCCAUGCCUAUGGAAAUACACAACGACAUGAGUGUCCGGGUGUAUGUUGAGCUGAAGAAAGAGACUAGGCAGUUCGGGAUGUAUCCGUUGUGUAUCACAACAACUGAUAGGACGAGUUAAUACAGUCUAUCGGGCGAAAUUGUUAUUCAAGGUAGCCUAGCAAUAGCGGAUACAAAUGGUAUACACGAAAUGGAUGCUAAUGAUUCGAUAGCACUGGCGGCAUCAGCUUCUAGUAAGGAAAUAGUUAUAUUCGGAGGAGAGAACGAUUUCAUAAUUUCAAACCGUAAUAAAAAAGAAGUCAUGGUAAAUCAGGUAUACAAUGAUAAGAAAAAUUUGAAAGAUGUGAUGACGAAGUAUGCUAUUGACAAUAGAUUUCAAUUCCGAACAGAGAGGUCAAAUUCUGUAAGGUUAGUUAGUUACUGAUUUUUUUGAUGUAUUUGUAUACCUCUAUAAAUUCAAUACAAUUAUGCUAGGGUAGUGUAUUAAACUGCUUACAUGUAUGUCUACUAAAUUUGAAUACAUGAUUAUAUGUGUGUUUUGAUUAUUUAUCUAUUUUCUAAAUUAUCUUUUUAGAAUAAUCAUAUGAUGUGUAUUUUUCGACUGUAUAUGUAUAUAUACAUAUUCGGUAUUACAGCUACACCCUUGCAUGUCUUUCUAGACAAUGUGAGUGGAAAUUGAAAGCUUCAAGUAUCAACAGAUCAGCUAUGUUCAAAAUCAGAGAGUUCGUAGAGAAACAUACAUGUCCAUUGAAGGAUAAGGUGUAUACGCAACAUCAAGCUAGUAGUGGUUUUAUAGCUGGCAUUAUUAAGCCAAAAUUUAGAAAUUAUAAGAGGAAGUAUGUGCCUAGUGAUAUAGUAGAUGAUGUUAAAAAUGAUUUUGGGGUGGAUGUGCCAUACAUGAAAGCAUAGCGUGCUAAAGAAAAGGCUAUGAUGGAGUUAAGGGGUGAGCCGACCGAGUCAUACAAGAAAUUACCGGGAUACGUAUACAUUUUGGAUAAAACAUACCCAGGUUCUCAUAUAAGAUUGAAGAAAACAUCUGAAAAUGAGUUCUUGUAUCUUUUUGUAGCAUUGUAUGCAUUUAUAAAGGGGUUUGAAUGUUGUCGACCCAUCGUGGUUGUAGAUGGCAGCCACAUCAAAACAACAUACAAUGGGACAUUUGUUUCAACGAGCACGAUGGAUGGUGCAUGUAUUUCAAAAUCGAUCAUUUUAGUUAUAUAAAAAGCUUAUAGAACUCAAAAACAAAAAUGUAUUCAACUGAUUUUGCAGGGAACAUACUACCUUUGGCGUAUGGCGUGAUUGAUUCAGAAAAUGAUAAGUCUUGGACAUGGUUCUUCGAACAGUUCAAGGAAGCUUAUGGGCUACGGGAGAGCAUGUGUGUUGUAUCUGAUAGGCAUGAAAGCAUCAUCAAGGCUGUAUUCAAAGUAUAUCCUAUUGUUCCCCAUUUUGCAUGUAUAUGGCAUCUUUGGAAGAAUGUAUACAAUAAAUAUAGAAAGAGUCACAAGGUGCUGAGUGGGGUGUACUAUGCAAUGGCAAAAGCGUAUACACAUGAUGAGUUUGACAUGCUAAUGGAAAAGGUUGAGACGGUGGAUAUUCGUGUAAAGGAUUACUUGGAGUUAGCCGGAAGAGAAAAGUGGUCUAGACUUUAUGCUCCAGUCAACCGAGCAUGGACAAUGACGUCUAAUAUUGCUGAGUCUAUCAAUUCAGCUCUCGUACAAGCAAGAGAAUUGCCAAUAUUUGAUUUUCUGGAAGAAGUUAGGAUUAUGUUUGGGCGCUGGAAUUUCACUAACCGACAAAAUGGUUCAUAUACAUUCACAACACUUGGGAAGAAAUUCAAUGAAAUGCUUUCCAUCAGUGAGCGUAAAUCUGCACGCAUGACGGUAAUACCAUCAACCGAAUACGUGCACACGGUAAUUGAUGAGGGGCGGCGUUUCAUAGUUUGUAUUGAAAAGAAGACAUGCAGUUGCAAAGAGUUUCAGAUGGAGGAGAUUCCCUGCCCACAUGCCUGGGUUGUUCUUAAGAAAAAAAAUCUCACAGCCGACAACUAUUUCUCAAAAAUAUACAAACCUGAAAUGUGAUGAAGACUUAUGAUAUCCCAGUUUAUCCUCUACCCGAUGAGGGUGAAUGGAAAAUACCUGGAUACAUUUUGGAAGAGGUAGUUUUUCCACCGAGAUACAAGAGACCGCCUGGAAGGCCAAAGAAGAAGCGCGAUAAUUCUUUAUCUGAAUGGUUUUCAACUAAACGUACAAAUUCGUGUAGUAGGUGUGGACAUGUUGGACACAAUAGGCGUUCUUGUACAAAUGAGCCUUUGAGAAAGUAGUUGGUGGUUCAAUAUUGUUGUCUUGCUGUCUAAUGUUUUUCAAUAUUGGACAAAAUCUUGUUGUCUAAUGUUUUUCAAUAUUGGACAAAAUCAACUGCAAAGAACGAUUGUCGUUUAUGUUCCCUGAUUUUUGGUCCUGUAUGUUUGUUUAGAACACUGAAUAAAUGAAACGAUUUUAU